CAUUUUCUUAUGUCCACCUACACGGCUUGAGAUGGCUUCAUUGUUCGCUAAGCGAUUCAAAUGCUUUUAUUGCGGGCGUCGCUCGGCCCACUCCGACAGCGACACUGCCCGCAAAUGGCGUUGCAAACAUUGCGAAGCCGUUAACUACCUGGAUGAGAAAGGAGAAAUCACGGAUCCCCCCGCUGCAGAAACAAAUCCAGACGUCUACGGUCCCGGGGCAUCGAGCCCACCGUUCGAAUCCACCGACUUUACGGCCUCCAGCUUAUUCUGCGCCCAGUGUCUUCGAAACCAACACCUCUUUACCAGCGCUUUAGCGUCCUAUUUUCCGUCAUCUGAUGAUCCGAACUACAGCGCAUAUGAGAAGGAGUACCCCAAAUUCCGCAAGAACUUAGAGGAGCGUUAUCCGCAGGUGUGCGUCAAAUGCGAACCCAGAGUGAAGCAACGCAUACGUCAGGCAGGAUAUGAAGCCAAGUCAGACCACCUGAGACGCAUGAUGGACCGGAGUAAAGCUGGAAGGGCCGCUCGGCAAGCACGUCGAUGGAACUGGAGGAACCUGUUGGUCUUAGCUGGUGCUCUGGGUUAUUGGAUUAGUGUUGCUGGUCAACUUAGCUGGAAUGUGUGGAGUGCUUUGACUGUUGAGGAGUGGGAACCGCUGCAGGAUCCAGACUCCCCCUCGAUGUCGCCCUCUAUUUUCUCUUGCGUGAACCUUCUAUUCGAGACCCGCCGCGUGCCGAACCAUUGCUCAAUAGACCUGGCACCGUAUGCCGGUCUUGCGCUGAUUGCGGGCAUCCUGUCCAUUUGGUGGAACCCGAAAUUGCGACUCAAGGUUGAAGGGCGAGGAGGUCGCUUCGUCAAACUAGGAGAGUACUACCAGGUUCAGCUCAUCAUUUUGGUGGUGCGAUGCGCUUUCUGGGGCGUCUUAAGGGAUCCGUCAUCAAGUGGACUGCCACCAGACCUGCCACCAACAUUGCAUCUCUUCAUGAUCUUUUUCACAAUUAUGUCUGUCAUGGUCUCCCGGCGGAUAGUGCGCUACGAUACCCGGCCAUUGGUAGACUGGACCGAUGACACGCCCGCAGCCACGCCAAACCGCAGAACCGAAGCUUCCCCUCCGCCCUCUACGACUACCGGACAGGAGUUUUCGACCCCAAGCUCCAAUCUUCGGCAGCGCACCUCUCGUUUCCCUCUCGAAAAGCUAGGCACCCCAAGGGCGACCACACCGCGGGCAGCCCUCGAGACCCCAACCAUUCCCACACCACCUCCAGAAUCGGAUGACAUGGACUGGACUCCCUCCGUGCAGCACGAACUCACACCGACUGUCAGCGUUCAUCAAAGGGAUCAGAAGUCCGUGCUCGAUGGGCCGAUGCCUUUCUAUGGAUCCGUUCCUGCUGCACCACAGCCACCCGCAUGGAACCUGCGCAAUAAACCCGCUCAGCGUGUGAAACCAAUCGAACAAGUCGUUGAACGCAACCCAUUCCACCGCACUCCUACUCAAAACCUCCGAUGGCAUCGCAACCAAAACAGCCCAGACUCGGUGUUUGCACCUCCCAAGUUUUUCCCUGUGAGCGACCAUGCUGCGACUACCGGACUCGAAAGUUUAUUUGACCGAACCUUCACUAUCAAGUCGCCCGAGGAUGAAGAGGACAGCUCUUGGCAGUCUCGCCAUCAAUCAUCGAACUCGCACUCUCGCCAGUCUGCCAACUUGCGGGGUUAUUUUGUGUACCAAUAUCUUCGGUUAGGCCUGCUACUUGUCUCACUCGUUGCCUGGGUCCUCUCACAGUAUGACCGCUUGUCAAUCCCAGGGAACUAUGUAGAGGUGGCCUCCUUGGGCAGUGCUAGCCUGAUUGCUGGAUUCGCUCUCUUGGAGGCCCUCAAGCAACCUAUCGUGCAGUGGAACGGCAUGGAAAUUCUUGUUUACUUUGCGGAGCUUGUGGCAGCUGUCCACCUCGGCGGGAACCUGCCGCGAGUGUCAAUCGAGCGCCAUUACUUCGACAGAUACGGCCAGCUGCUUCUGGUGUUCAUGGCGGUCCAGGAGGCGCUGGGUCUGCUCUCGCUAUAUAAUAUAGCCAGGGCAAGCAGCACUGGUCCUCAGCCACAACAAUCCGGCCAUAACUCGCCAUCGAAUGGCGAGAAUCCCGGGCACUCUCCUCAACCGGCAAUCGAUUACCAACCCCUGCAAUCAUUCUCUUCUCAGCGGUCUGCGCCGCCGCUUUCUUUCUCUUCUACUCUCCCUACCUCUAGCUUUGCGACACAAUCGCCGGAGCCGUACUACUCGCUUGCACCCUCUCCAUACGACGGUUCCUCCAGCAAGGAUCACAGCUUCAGUCUCAAAAGCCUAAAAGGGAACGAUUCUGACGCCUCAGAUUAUUACGAUCGAGAUUCAGACACGGAGACAACCGUGACUACCGCAACCACUGCUACUAGCAACACCGUGCGGAAUAUCCGGUACGGACGGGCUGCCAGCGAGGCGAUGUUCUCGCCGCGACGAACCGAGCUGGGACCCGGAAUUGGAGGGUUGAGUCUCGAAGAUAGGCCCGCCCGGCGAGUCACCCGGAGCCAGUCGAAACUCCAAGGCGAGGGCUUUCGUCGAUUCCCGACUCGGGGCCUGAAAUAGGCCUGUUUCUGAUCUUUUUUUUCGCUUUUGUCAGAAUUUUCUUUCUUGUGCUUCUACUUUCGCAUUCUGUUCCAGGGUGCAUCAUCUUCAGCGCUUGCACUAGAGGAGUUGGGUUAGCUGUGCUUUGAUUGUAUUUAACUUGUUCACACUGUUCAUACGCGGGUCGCAUAUUGUGGGGGUUAUUGUACUUCUGUUCUUCGUUUCCUACUUCAUCUUAGGCCCUCGUGGAGAUUGUUUCGGGUGUUUGAGGGGUUGUACAUAGCAGGUAGAAUACAUACGACUUAUGAAUGAUGACUGAAUAUCAUACAA